AUGAGGGCCCAGAUUGCUUGCAUUGCAAACCAUCCAGAGAGUGGCGUAAAACACUACGGGACGGUACAAAAGUCUAAGUGCCGUUGCCAUUAUACACAUUCACUGNACACGUUUGAUUGCCAGCCUGUUCAUGAGCAAGCAACUCAGAAUCAGACUACAGUUCUCGUUGUGACCUGCGGGACCGUUAAAUUUGAUGGGAAUAAGCAACAGUACUUCAACCAGAACUUCUUGCUAACAGAACAGACCACGAAUAAUAACACAGUCUGGAAAGUCAUGAGUGAUUGUCUCCGUUUCCAAGAAACCCCUCAUUAGUGAGAGGAGCAACCGUGGGUGUCUUCGUCUGGAUUUUUUAUUUUUAUUUUUUAAGUAGCCCUGGCUUUUGGGGACGAGCCUAUUGAGUAUGGAAAUUCAUCUGUCUCUCCACACCUCUUUGUACGUUUCGCAGCUUGUAGAAUACGUUUUGUUUUUUAAAUGAACUUCCUUGCUUUCAAGGUUUCGUUAGGCUGCAUCGCAACGAAAAGACUUCCAGUUUAAUUAUAUUGAUUAGCUCUUUAGGUGACAGUGGAAUCAAUUUUGUAAGUGUUCUGUGCACUUUCUGACAUUAACAGAUUUCGAAUUUGAUACAUAGCGGACCCUUCUUCUCCUUUGAAUAUUUGGGGAGAAAUGCUAUGAGGCACAAGUUUUGUUUACUUCAGUGAGAAUUAAAAAUGAUGGUGGGAGAGACAAA